AUGCGCGUAUUAUUCGAUUGGCAAUUUUUGAACUGUAUUGCAAAAUCCCAUCCUCAAUUGGCAAUGAACGAUGACACCAGUACGGCCGAAAUUGGAGAGAAUGGGAAAUCGUAUGCCCAUCUAAAGCUGAUUUUAGAUGACGAGAGAAGCCAACCCGAACUACUCAUAACCAAACAAACAUUAGCCAACUCUCCAACCAUAUUGUAUAUCUACAGAGACUUCAAAGUCAGGACAAACAAACCUUUCAAGGGACUGUCUAGCAAGUUGAUAAAUGAUGCAGAGUAUCAGUAUUUGACACCACCGGAAGAAGAUUCCCAAAUGGACGUGUUUGACGAAGAUGAUGAGAUUUUGGAUGAACUAGAUACAACCACAUAUAAUUCCACCACUAGCUUAGAGCAAUUGCAGAAAGAAGAGGCCCCAAAAUUUGAAUUGGUUCAACUCUUUGUCAAGUACCAAUCUGUUCUGGUCAAUGGGGUGGAUUACAAGCUCAAAUCCCAUGUGAGGUCUUCAUGUUUGAUACGAGCCAGUCUAGCACAAGAGGAGGACCAUAUUCUCUUGUCACUCAAAUCGGGGUUUCUCAUUCUACUCAGAGUAUUCCUUGUCCCUAAGCAAAUCGGGGACGUGGAUUUUGAUUAUCAACCAUCGCUGAAGGACAAAAACUUUUUGUUCAAACCAUUCAUUGUACAGUGGUGGAGCUUGCAGCAGCCACACAACUACCCAGAGUUGAGUACUAGCGGGUAUAUACUCAAGUCGUCACCUUCAGGGCUUUCGACAGUAUCAUGCUCAGCCUCGCAGUCAUUUCGAAUUUACAAAACGCUAGAGCAGUCUAAUGCAGGCACAGUUUUACAGAAUCAUUUGAAUAUUCCAUUGAAUGGAUUUUUGGUUGACUGUUGCUUUAUUGAGUCGAGAUCGGCGUUGCAAUCAGAUAUAUUUUUGAGUUUAUUUUUCACCGAGGAUAGAAGAUUAUACAUCAAUUUGUUUUGCUGGUUCAACUUUUACGCUGGCGAUAGUGGUAUAUCUAAAUCCACCCUUCCCUUGGAAAACACUUUCGACAUACCGAUUUUCAUUGCACCAUUGCAGCGAAACUCUGCGUACCUUUUUGUCACACCUAAAAAGCUAACUGUUAUAUCUGUUCAUGAUAUAAUGUCUGGUCACCAUGAGUUUAAAAGUGUUGAUUUUCGAGCAGGCUCUUUUCCAUCCAACUAUUAUAUUCCAAAGUCUCAGAUCAGGAGCAUGGAUCACCACGAAGUAGAUGAAGUCAUACUCUCCUCGGACAUCGGAGUUAUUUACUCUAUCUUGGUUUCAAGAAAUGGAGUGGAGUCCAUAGUACCAAUUGCCAGAGCAUCGGAUAGUAUUACAACAUUUACAUUCGAAAGGGUACAUGGUGGUUUUGAAUUAAUAUAUGGCAGUACCUGUGGUUCAAACAAAAGAGUUUUAUUAAGUAAUUUGUAUGAGGCUGAGUAUACAUGCGACAUCGAUAAUGACACCAAGUUGGUUCACUCCAAAGCCGAGCUUCAGAAAAAUUUGGAUAAUUGGGCACCCGUUGUAGACUUCCAGGUAAUUCCAUCAUCGCAAUCAAAUAAGUCUGAUGAGCUAUGGGCAAUCACCGGGUCCUCCUCGAAAACUAAACUCACACAUAUGAAAGUUGGCUUUUAUGGCGUGAGGCAGGGUGAUUUAUAUCCAGAGCUUCGAAAGGUGGUCCAAUCUUGGCAUUUUAAACUUCACACAAGACUGAUUUUGGUCUGUGCAUUUCCUUUUGAAACCAAACUUCUUGAAUACGAAGGAUUAUCCGAGGAAGAAAUUGUGGAGGUGGAGGAUGCAACAAUAAGUAAAAAUGAACAAACCAUCUUUUGUUGCGCUGUAAAUGCCACACAAUUGCUCGAUGCAAUUGACAGUGAUAUCGACUACCUAAUCCAAGUGACAACAAAUUCAGUGACAUUGACUGAUUUGGCAUCAAUGAGCACAUGCAUCACAGAUGAGUGCAUAUUAUUUGGUGAGAUAUUUGCUAAUUGUCUAAUCUUGAUAAUUGAGAGGGGAGCCAGUACACUACUUGGCACUUAUGCAUUUGAGCCAGUCACAACAGCUGAUGGCGAGGCUCUUGAUAUCAAUCUCAAACUUGUGUCGGAAAUGACCUUGGAAUUUCAACCCUCAAUGUUGAAGAGAUGCAUGGUUAGAGGUAUUGAAGCUUUUGCUAUUGGUGCGUAUGAGGGCUUCAUUAGAUUCUAUCAGCUGGAUGAGAUAUCAUGGAGUAUGAUAGAGGAGGUUGUGCUCACCGAAAGUCUGGCAGACCCUACUGAUUUUGUCCCACAUGACUUGAUAUACACAAGCAAUCAGAUUUUUGUUGGUACCACAGGAGGGUACUUGGCUCGGACUUCUCAGCAAAUAUCGAAAUGGGACUCAAUUUUGAGAAUUGGCUCAAGCGAAGUCAAACUAUACGCAAGUAUGGACGAGGAGUAUAUUUUCAUACAAUGCAGAAACUUGUACAUGAUGAACAUUCGAUCUACUAGCAAUCCAAAUCCCGUUCAUUUUAACGACCUGACUCCCAAAAUCGUAAAUUCAUUGGUUGAAUUCACUACUCCCACUACGUAUCCAUCUCACAAAAGGUUGGGAGUUUUCCGCAACAACGGGUUUGUCAUGACGGACAUAACAACGUACACGAAACCCGUAUUGAAGCAAGUUCAAAUCCCCGACGAAACCAAGAAGUUAUUAUAUCUACCGCAUAUUUCAAUUUUUAUUUUACUCUGUGGUUCAAGGCGUGGGAAGCUAAAAUUUGUGGAUCGGAUGACGUUUAGAUUGUUGGAACAUACUGAAUUCAGCUCAAAACGAUUAGGCGAGGAAGGGGUACUAAGUAAGAACGAAGUACCGCUUUGUGCUUGCAUUUGGCUGAUUAAACGACAUGAUCGAAUGACCCAUAAAGUUCUUUUAGGAUGUUCAAACACUGAUAGUGAAAGGACGGCUGGAGUGGUUAAAGUUUUAAACAUAAAGAGGUUGAAGUCGGCCGAGUUUAUUUCGAUUAGCGUGUCGGAACUAUCUUCAUUUGACCAUUCUGGGCCGAUAACCCAUAUACAACAGGUUCAGAAUCGGAUUUUUUUCACUGAUAAACAGAAAAUUUACUUUACUUUCUAUGACGAGGCUGAAAAGAGAUUCAGCCCAGUUCAAUUUUUUAAAGCAAUGCCAAGCGAAAUCACCUCGAUGAGUGUUUCAGGAGGAAGCAAGAUCCUCGUUACCACCAAAGAGGAUUCCUUGUUUCAAAUUGAUACUUCAUCACUGAACAAUGUCCUAGCUUGUUAUCCCAAAUCAAUACCCUUUUUGAGUCAAGUGAAUUUCAAAGACAGGGUUUUUGCUAGUGCUGAAAACUCACUGGUAAUUGUCAUGGAUAGCUGUGACUCCACAUUUUACCCAUUCAAAGGAACUAAGAUUCAAAUGUCAGGCAUUGCAAGGCUCGUAUCUGCCAGCUUGAGUGAUACCCAGAAUGAAUAUGAAAAUGGAAAUGUUGUUCUUGGUGUUACCAUUAGUGGUGAAGUGUUUGCAUUUCGUUUAGUCGAUAUUCAUGGCAAGGAGAUUGAAGAACUUUUGGCAGAUUUGAAUAAGAAUUCGGCAUUUAAAUUAUCCUUGACUGAUCACUUAAAUAAAUUGGAUCGUCCAUUCAUUAGUAAAUUAAGUGGGACAGGUUUGCUAUCACUCAACAAGCCAUACUUUGAUUACCCCGAGAAUAGACACGAUCUAAAUGCGGAAACACCCGAAGUUGUUGACUACGACCUCGAGGAAUUGUCUACAACUAUGAGAUUCAACAUCUAA